CACAAAUUUCUUCUAUUCCAUCCAUCUAAUCAACACUUCCAUUUCCCACAUUCUCUAUCUCACACUUGUCCAACCAUGGCUCAAAGAGCUCUUCCUCUCAUUCUUCUAUCUUUAAUCCCACUUUUGUUUAUACUUUUUCCACAAAUUCAAGCUCAAUCUCCAACAGCUCCAGCUCCAGCACCCACAGGACCAAUAGACAUAUUUGCAAUUCUCAAAAAAGCAGGACAAUACAACACAUUUAUUAAAUUCCUUAACGAAACACAAGUGGGAAUACAAAUCAACAACCAAGUCAACAAUUCAAACCAAGGUAUGACUGUUUUUGCACCAUCAGACAAUGCAUUUACCAAUCUCCCUGGUGGUACUCUCAACAAACUUAGUGACCAACAGAAAGUACAACUCAUACAAUACCAUGUAGUACCUAAAUUUUACAGCUUUGAAGAUUUACAAACAGUUAGCAAUCCUGUUAGAACACAAGCAACAGGACAAAAAGGCGAGGCUUUUGGACUUAACUUUACUGGACAGAAUAAUCAAGUGAAUGUCUCAUCUGGAGGUGUGGAAACAAAUAUAUAUAAUGCUAUAAGAAAAGAUCCUCCUUUGGCUGUUUAUCAAUUGGAUAAGGUUUUAAUCCCUUUGGCAUUUACUGAUAAUGCUAAGACUCCAUCUUCUGAUGAUGCACCUGCCCCUACUGAUGAUUCUGCUAAAAGUGGUUCUACUGCUGAUAAAACCAAAGCUAAAGAACCAUCUCCUGCUCCAAAUGGUGCUAAGAGGAUUAAUGUUGGACUUUUUGGUUUGAUUUCUGGAGUUUUCUUGUUUUGCAUGGGAGCACUUUCUUGAGGGAAAACUAUUAUAUGGAGUAGUUUUUAUAUUUUUUUCUUGCCCUCUUUUUUCCUUAUAUUCUUCAAGUUUGAUUGUUGUUUGUUAAUUUUCUUUCAUUCUUUUGUGCUGUAAUUUCUUCUUCAUAUAGUAAGGUACAAUCUUGCAAAUUCAUUGU